AUGUUGGCCCUUUCGGACGGGAUGGGCCGUCAGCUACCGCACUCGCAACAGUCGCAACUCAAUCAAUUGGAUCUUCGCACACUGCAGAACCUCUUAAUGAACCCGCAACCUCAGCUGGGCCUGAACUUGAAUCGCAGCCCGAACUUGUUAAGUAAUUCGUUGUUGGACCUUCAGCUGUUGGCCAACCUGCCCGGUUUGGGUGGGAACUUGUUGGGUCAACAGCUUUUGCCCGGUGGCCUCGGGUCGAGGACGCCGAUUGGGAUUGGCACUGGUCUUGGUGAUCCGCUAUGUAAGGUUUUACAAUGGGUUUUAUUAGUGUCAUAUUGGGUUUUUGGGAUAUUUUUGUGGCUUUUUUGGGCUAUUUCUUUGCAUUUUGGGGUAUUUUCUUGUCUUUUUGUGCCUUGAAAUGACUUAAAACGCGUUUUUGAGCAUUUUUGGAAGUGGAAAUUUAGUGGAAGAUUCGCAAUGUAAUUUGCAUUAAAAAUCUUCCACCAAACUUCCACUUCAAAAAAUUGUCAGAAAUCCAUUUUUAGGCCAUUUUAGGACUUUUUGAAAAUGGAAGUUGAGUGGAAGAUUUUCAGUGCAAAAUACAUUACAAAUCUUCCACUCAACUUCCACUUUUAAAAAACUUUCAAAAUCUGUCCAAAUUAGUUUUUAAAUAAUUUUUAUGAAUACACUCCGUAUUUUACACAAAAAAUUUUUAGCCCACCCCUUGUACAGUAACAAUACAUGUCAAUGGCUACAGUGCAACGCCCACUGUGAUUCCAUGGCGUCCUUCAUGCAGCAUCUGAACUCGUCGCACGCUACGGACGAAACGACGAUCGCUCAGUACAAGCUUCAGAUUGGGAUUGUGGAUGGGCUGGAGCAUCGACUGAAUGAGGAACGAUCUCGUCUUCAGGCAAUGAUGCAGCAUCUUCAGAUGAAGCAUUCUCCAGAUUCCACACAGCCAUUGCUAGGCUUGAACGUGACAAAACCAUCAACCACCGUGACGAAUCGAAGCCCCAUGAUGUCGCCGAAAGUUAGUCAGGCUGGAUUUGGGGAUGUUGAGCAGGUAGGCACUAGUUUUUACUAAAUUUGGCAUUUAUGGUUUUUUGGGACAUUUUAUACGGUGAAACAUGUUUUAUGGGGAACAUGUUUUAUCGUAUAACUUGUCACAUUUUGAAUGUUUUAGCAAAAAAUAUGAUAAAAUAUGAUUGAAAAUAGACAAAAGAGACUAUAUAAAAAGAUUUUUAAUUUUUUUAUGUCAGGGACAAGUUAUACGGUGAAACAUUUUAAAAGGUUGGACAUGUUUCAUCGUAUAAAAUGUCCCUUUUAAAAAUUAUGGCAAAAUCGCUUACUAUACUGGCAAUUCUGAUCAUGAAAAUGUGCAUUUUACGCUAAUUUUUAAUAUUCGCAUUUUAGGUGACAUGUUAUACGAUAAAAUAUAUCCAGACAUGUUUCAUCGUAUAACAUGUCGGUUUUUGAAAAUUUGACGAAACAGUCAACAAUACUAACAACAUUGACCAUGGAAAUGCGUAUUUCAUAUUACUUUUUAAUUUGAGUUUUAGAUGAUAUGUUAUACGAUGUUAAACAUGCUUGCCCGUACACAUUUCAUCGUAUAUCAUGUCACUUUUUAAAAAUUUUUAAAAAUGACAAAAAACAUGUUUAAACACCCCAUACCGUAUAAAAUGUUAAUACUCUGAGUGGGUUUCCACUACAUAGUAAUUAACAUACGACGCUAAUCUACUGGUCGACAACAAUGUAAAGCAGAUUAUCGUCGUAUGUGUUUACAAAUAAUUUCAUGAAAUACGAAAAUCUAAUCCCUGACACAUGUGUACUCAUUACUAAACACAAUACUAUUGAGUAUGAGGGUAUUAUACUCGGUAAAUUAACGAGUUAUAACAUGUAGUCUUGUCAUGGUGGUGCCGACAUAUAGAACCCGCCACAUUUUACCUGUAAUUGCCUGCAAAAAAUGGCGGGUUCUUUAUGUCGGUACCUAAUGCAUUCAUUGAUAAGUCGAAAUAUAGUUGAAAAUACUAAUCUCGAAAUAUAAAUAACACAUUUUCGUAUGUUUCAAUGUAGUAAGGAUUAAAAUUUUAUAGUUUAUUACAUUUUGACUUGAACUUAUUGCACCGGGAUUAACAUAUACCAUAGUAAACAUGGUGUAUGUCAACCUUGUUAAUCUCGACGGAAUGUUUGGAACAUCAAAGUUGAGAAUUUGAAACAAUUUCAUGUUAGAAUGUCCAAACAAAUCGUUUUAAGCAGUAAAAUUCUUAUAAAAAAAUUGAAAGUGAUAUGUUAUACGAUGAAACAUGUACGGGCACAUUUCAUCGUAUAACUUGUCACCUAAAAUAUUAAUGUAAAAUACGCGCUUUUAUGAUCAGACUUGUAAGUAUGAUCAGCUGUUUUGCUAAAAUUUUAAAAAGGGACACGUUAUACGAUGAAACGUGUACGGACGUACUUCAUCGUAUAAAAUGUCACCUAAAAUGCAAAUAUCAAAAAAUAGUGUCAAAUACGCAUCUUUAUGGUCAGCUUCAUUAGUAUUGUUAACUGUUUUAUCAAAAUUUAAAAAACGGACAUGUUAUACGAUGAAACCUGUCCACAUUAUUAAAUUCAAAAAAAAUUUAGAAUUUCAAAAAAUUUCAGAAACCAACUUUUGGCGUGUCAGCAUCAAACCCACCAAGCAAUUUCCAACGCAAUGUGGCCUCAAAUAUGUCGGCUUCAUCGGCCAGUUCGAACAUUUUGAACUCAUUCUCACAACAAAACAGCGCUCCUGGUGCUAAUAUCGGCGCUGUAAGUUUGAAAUCUUUUUAAAAAUGACUUUUUGGGUGUAUAAUGGCACUAGCUUUCUUUACGGUACAAGAAAAGGUAUUUAUUAAAGAGUGGAAGUUGGGUGGAAGAUUUGUAAUGUAUUUUGCACUGAAAAUCUUCCACUCAACUUCCACUUUUUAAACCUUUCUUAAAAUGGGUGAAAAUUAUACUUUUAGGUAAAAUACGGAAUCAAAAGCAACAAGAAUGUUUUUUUUUCAAAUUUACAGUGACUUUCAAAACCUUACUAUGCCCCCUUCCGAGCUCUGUCUUUUUCAUGACCCCUGCCCUUAUCAUUAUGUUGUACAUAUACCCUCUACUACCCCUACCCUCCAUGCCACUACUAUUUUUCUGGUCUUUACCCCAAUUUUUUGUCUUGCUCAUACCCCAUCCUUACCUCUUACCAUAAUUUUUUUAUGACCACCCCCCCCUCAUACUACUAGUAGUUACUUCCCCUUCCAAACCCUCUCUUGUCUGUUCCAACCUCCUCUAACCCUGCCAUUUCCAAUAUUAUUAUUCGGCGCAAAACGCGAAAAAAUUGUUUUUUUGAAACAUUUGGAAGAUUUUGAGUGCAAAAUACAUUACAAAUCUUCAACUCAGCUUCCAUUUUUUUCAAUUAGAAAUUUAGCGAAAAAAUGACCAUAAUUUUAUUUUCGGAGGCUAUAAAGUGAUUUUAUAGGCUUUUUUAGAGCUAGAAAAUCACAUUUUUAAAUUUUUACAGUACGAUGCUAACGAGUACGAUCUUUUUCAGUCCGACUCCUCCAACCGGUCAAUAAAAUCUGAACAAGAUGCGGUCCAACCCCUGCCCACGCCUCAUUCGCCUUCACUCUCCCCUUCAAGAUCCGAGACUCGUGACAUGUUUGGUGCGCCUAGUCUCGCUGGUACCUCACCGUCCGACUCGCCCAACCCAAUGGCUUCGUCUUCAAACCAGGCCAGAAGGCGGGUGUCGGACAAAGCCGUACUGCCAAUUGGGGCGGAUAUUGCCAAAAAUCGCGAGUAUUACAAGAAUAACGAUGUUCGACCGCCUUAUACCUAUGCUUCAUUGAUACGACAAGCCAUCAUGGAGUCGAAGGAUCGACAGUUGACGUUGAAUGAGAUUUAUCAGUGGUUUCAGGAGACUUUUGCUUAUUUUAGAAGGAAUGCCGCUACUUGGAAGGUGGGUUUUUAACGGGAUAACAAUAUAAAUGGCACUUUUAAGGCUUAGAUAAGCAUUAAAAGGGUCUUAUAGGGCCUGAAAAAAUUUUUUGCACUUUUUGGAAGUGGAAAUUUAGUGGAAGAUUCGCAAUGUAAUUUGCACUGAAAAUCUUCCACCAAACUACCACUCCCAAAAAUGCUCCAAAACGUGUUUUUAGGCCAUUUUAAGACUUUUUGAAAAUGGAAGUUAGGUGGAAGAUUUUCAAUGCGAAUUACAUUACAUAUCUUCCACUCAACUUCCAUUUUUUGAAAAGACCGUUUUUGGUUUUUAAUUGAAUUUUUUGACUUUUUAUGGACUUUUGGGGUAGUUUUUGGAAUUUUUUGGUUUUGUAAAGAAAGUUUUUGCUAUUUUUAUCAUUUUAAAGUACACUUUUAAUAAGUUUUGUCGUUUCAGAACGCAGUUCGCCACAACUUAUCGCUCCACAAAUGUUUCGCUCGAGUCGAGCAGAACGUGAAAGGAGCGGUAUGGACGGUGGACGACUCCGAGUUUUACAAACGUCGACCUCAACGUUCCAACGCGGCCGUAGCACGUGCUGCGCUAGCACUGAAGAACGCUGGCGACUCGGCCGCGUCUAGUCCAGCCCCAGCCACAGAUAUUCAUCAUCAACAGAACGCCUUAAACAUGCUGCAACAAGCCCAAUUCUUGGACUUAUUGCAGAACGUAACCCAGCCUAACAGUACCAAUGGUACCAAUCCUCUCACUUUGUUGUCGCGAGCUGCGGCCCACUUUGGGCAGGGCGCGAACGAGGACUUGCAGAUGGAGGUGGAGAACAAAAGGGCCAGAAGUCAGAGUCCUAGGCUUGUCAUUGAUGAACUCUUUGCACCGAUGAGUGCUGGUGCCAAUACUCUUAGGCUUAAUGGUAAGAAUUUUAAAAAAAAGUAAUUCUUUAUUAAGAAAAAAAUGAAAUUAGGCUUAAAAUACAAUUUUUAACGUCUUAAAACAUCAAAAACUAAUCAAAUUUAAAACAUAAAUUGCUGGUAACGUCGUAUUUUACAUUAAAAAUGACUGACACUUUUUGGGAUUGGAAGUUCUGUGGAAGAUUUGUAAUGUAUUUUGCACUGAAAAUCUUCCACUCAAUUUCCACUUUUAAAAAGUGUCAAAAAGUCAUUUUUAGGCCAUUUUAAGACAUUUUAAAAAUGGAAGUUGAGUGGAAGAUUUUCAGUGCAAAUUACAUUACAAAUGUUCCACCAAACUUCCACUUUUUAAAUGAGGGUUUUUUUGAUUCUGGGUUCAUUGGCAUGAUUUUUAGGCUUAUCUUUUAGCUUGUUUUGUGAUUUUGGGCACAUUUUUUGUUUUUUUUUCUAUUUUUGGGCUUAUAUUUCUUAAUUUUUUCCAUUUUUAGGCUUAAUUUUUUAAAUUUUUUCUACUUUUAUGUCUAUGUUUUAAGAUUUUUUUAAAUUUCAAAACUAAAUUAACCUUGUUCUUUCAGACCCCAUCUCCCACUCCUCCUCCCAGCCCCUCAGGCCGUUCUCACGGGCCGAAGGUGCCACCGACUACCCCCUGAACGCCUUAAGCCAAGCCAACAACGAAGCGUUGCAGGCGUUGCUGAAGUCGGCCAGCAACCAAAUGAACAUUUUCUCAUCGCUCGAAGACAAAACCAUCGCUAACUUUGUUAACGCGACAAACCCGACCGUCGCGACAAGUUCGCUGGACCUGUCGCCGAACCUGGUCGAGGAGCAAAGCCCAUUGUCGCGACAGGACUCGAGCGACGAGAGUAUUGAUGUGCAAAGAAGGAGCAACUCACCAAAUUGA